UCGGCCGAGUUGGUAAGAAGAUACGGAAGAAAAGUAACGGUGUUGGCGUUCGGGUAUGAAAUGCCAAACAUUUAAGUGACUUGAAAAAACGUUAUGUGCAUGAAGCAGACGGCGUGUGCGCAUGUGUGUGAGGAAGAAGAAUUUUGUAUCAAAAUGGCAAGAGAUCUUAUAAGAAGGAAGAUUUUUUGAGAAGUUAGUAAAUAAAGCAAACGAAAAAUAUUUUGUAUGAAAAAAAAUUGAAAACUGUGUGAAAAACAACUGUGUAAGCAAACAGCAAGCAAGUUUUAAGCAAUAGAAAUAUUUUGAAAAAAAUUCGAUAAAUCAAAAAAAAAAAUUUUUUUUGAAGAAUUUAAAUGAAAAUAAAAAAAUCACGAUUUCCACACGCCAAAGCGCUCGUGUGCAUAUCUGUUGUUUUUGUAAAUACAGAUAUCAAAUAUUUUGAAAUUGUUUAAAGCAAUGUCGUUAAACAACUAAGCUCAGCAACAACAAAAAGCAAUGACAAAAGCCAAACGCUUAAAUUUGUGAAUGCCAAACAAAUGCAAAUGCAUUAAACCAAAAAAUCAAAAACARCAACAACACAAACGUAAAGAGCAAAACACAACAAAAAGGCAAGCAUUUAAACGAGUUUCCUUUUGGUGCAACUUUGGAUGACUGACUGUCUUUGACGCGUCCGCUGCCCCUGGCAUCUACACACACACACAGCUAUAAGCAUGUAGCAAACAACAAAAACAACAACGAAACGUCAGAAACCACUUUUUUGCGUGCACAAUUCGCCUGCUGCAUUUCCUCCUUUUGCCAACAACUGUCAUCCCUCGGCGCUUUGCCAUUGCUGCUAUUGCUGCGGCUUCUUCAGCGCGUCCAAGCGACUGCAUUGCAGCUGCAGUCCGCCGCUGUUAUUGCACGUUUUUGUCUUUGUUUCGCGUGUAUUUGGUUUAUUAUUGGCCAUAAAAAUCGUUAAAAUACACACAUAUAUUAAGCGACUGCGCGACUGUGGCAACAACAACAACGCAAACAACACAAACGACAGCCACAAUAGCAAUAAAUUGUUGUAAAGUGGCAAAAAAGCAGCAAAGUAAAAAUAAAACCAACAAAUACACACACACACACUCGCGCGUUGCACGAAUGCAACGAAAACCUGCACUUGUCGGCGUUUAAAGUGCGAAAAAAGUACGCGGAAAAGCCGUUACGUGAAAAAUUCUAGAAAUUCUGCAGGGGAAAAGGAAGACAGUAAAACAAAAAAACCAAAACACAGCACAUGCCUUGCAAGCGCUUAGAAAAAAGUAAGCAAGUUGAAUAACAAAGUUUCGUACGCAUAAUCUUAAACUCGYAAAGUGUCUGCGACAGUGGGCGAGUUCGUGCGCUUAACUGCAUUGCGCRUGAAAUUGAAAGAAAGCACUGCAUUGUGUUUGUGGUGACUCAAUUUUUGUGCGAAAAUUUGCGAGUUUGACAGUGAAACGUGGUUUGGGAUUUUUUUUUUUUUGUUGAGUCAACGCCAGCUGACGGAAAGAACGUGCCUUCGAGUGUUUUGAAAAGGUAGCGUACCGUAUUCGUAACUCAUUUAUCCAGCUCUGAUUUUGCUUUCGUUGGGCUCUAAAGGCUGGUCAUUCCUGCUCCUCAUAUGGCUGUGGUGAUGUAUGGUUGGUGGAAUUAUUGGAAUUACUGAACUCAUUGUGCCUUGACGGGCUGUUUAACAGGUAAAGACCAGCUGCCUUCUCCACAUUUCAUACCAAUUAAGCUAUUUUAAAUGCUUUUGUGAUUAAUUGCUAUUGACGUAGUCACAGUUUAAGAUUUCGCGACUCAAUCAACUAAUAUGGAAACUGGAUAGCCACUUAAUUUGGUAGCUUCAAUCAGUCAGCUUUUCGUUUUGUUUGUAUGUAUAUGUAGGCAUUCUAACAACACUAGUUAGUACUACUCAACAUGUAAAUGUUCCUAAACUCACCAAAUUCCACUCGGUCACAUACGAAUCACCAUAUUAACCGCUAAAACAUAGAGAGAAAACAAAAAGUGUAUUCACAUUAAAAAAAAUCCGCUCUCAACCCGGUGGCCAGCGGCAUGUUUGGCCUAUUGGGCUCCUCACAAAUCUAUGGAUUACAACAAGUGCAUGAGUACGGCAACAACAAUCGCGCCAACAGCGACAACAACAUAAGCAAUAGAACACACAAAAGUAACAUCAACAACGACAGCACAAAUAACAGCAGUCACAAGCAACGUCGUUCCACAUCGAGUCACACGGAGAGCGGCAGCAAAUUCUUCGCCUCACUCAGUUCCAUGCAACAGGGCAUUAAAUCGCCAACGAAUUUCAUUGAAAAGUUCAUUAAAAACGAAUUGCUCAGCGGCUACGACAGCAUAAAGAACUACAAAAACUUUCAAACUACCGCAAGUGGCUCGAACAGCACCUUUUUCAGCAGCAGUCACAACGGCACCGCAGCGACACCUGGUUGCGUCGGUGGUGGUGGUGAAGGUGGCGACAUUUUGAGCGCCGAGAGCCUGCUGACCACUUUCAAUUGCCUGCAGGGCAGCUAUCGCAGCAACUGUGAUGGUGAGUUCUACGAGCCGGUGAAUGUGACAGCACAGCGCAAGCAAACUGCAAAUAGCACUAUAGCAACAACUGGAACGACAACAACAACAACAACGCCGGAAGCGGAUAUGACGAUCAAGUACUCGAAGAACUUGCUCGCGAACACACCAGACGAACAGUCGCCCGCCACGCUGCAAAACUAUCAGAAGUUGUCAGAGUGUGAGCAAGACUUGCUGUUGACGCCGUCGAGUGGCGCGAGUUCGGGCGAAUUUAACAGCGAUGCGAACGGCAGCGGUAGCGGCAGCGGUCAGGCGACAACGCCGGUGAAUAGUUUGUACAAGCGCUUGUCGUUCGGCGGACGCGCGAGCAAGAAUGCGACGGAUAAUGCGACGACGGGGACGACGACAGCGGCGAUAAAUGAAAAUGUUUCCGACUACUCCUCGUCGAACAACUCAUCCGCCUCAUCGACACUCUCCUCGAAGGACGCCUCGGUCUCACUGAAAUCAAUCGACCUGCAACGCACAUCAUCCGCCUCAUCGUCCGGCGAUUGCGCACAGCUGUGCGAACGGCGAAAAACGUCGCCAACCGCCAAUACUGCCGAAUUAAGCACGGAUGCCACCAGUACGCUACAGCUAACGCCGGAGCGCGCGCAACGACGCAAGCUCAUCGCAAUGAUCUCACAUUAUGAACAGCAGACGAAGCUGUUGCAACGCGAACUGGCCAAGGAGAAACGACGCCGCGGCGAAGAGCUCGCCUGCGUGGCGAAAUCACUACUGUGCUUCGAGUCGAAGCUGAAAAAGGAUAUGAAAGCGGUCAAUCAGCGGCUCUUCGAGAAAGAUGUGGAAAUCUGUCGUUUGGUGCAACAGAACCGCGCAUUGCGUAAGCGGCUGACGAAAUACACCGAAGCGGAGGGUGAGAAUGCGCGAGACGAAGGUGUGGUUGAGGAUGGCGAACCGGAGACAGAGGGUGAGGUAGAAGAAGAGCGUAGCGGAAAAACGAAGGAAGCUGUGCUGGGGCGUCGUACUGCGUCACCUGCGGCGUACAGCGACCAACAAUUGCUGGAAGACUGUUUGGUACUCGAAGCUUUGCAAUGCAUUAAUUGCAAGAAGCAAUUCUAUGACAUUGAUCUAAAUGAGGGCUGGACACAGAAUACGUCAAAGGAUGGUACAAGAAAAAGUGUUGACCACACCACUGAGCACGGCUCAUCGAGUGAUGAUACAGUCUCAUCGUCGUUUUACGGAGCCCGGCGCAGUGUACGCUACACCAGCAAACGCACCUCCGGCACUUUCCGCGAUUAUAUGCGCUCGCGUGCGAUGAAUAUCGACGAUCCGGCGUUGGACAAUAAUUCGGAGGAGAAUGCGAGCACAAUCAGUCGCGAUGACUCGCAAACCAGCUAUGAAAAGCUCAAUAUGUAUUCGCGCACCAUCGAACGUAUGCACGGCGUGAAGGGCGAAAGUGAGCGCGAGUCGGAGCAAAGUGGUAUGGAGAGUACGGUACGACCGGCUUCACAACUGAGCUGCAAGAGUAGUGUUAGCAGUAAAAGCAGUAAGAGCAGUAAGAGCAGCAACAGUAGUUGCAGUAAGCAUAACGCCAAAACACCGACACCGCAAAUCGAAGAAGACGACGGCAUAUUUUCACCCACACAGGAUGAUGACUUCGAAGAACCAGAAGAAGUCGGUGGACGCAGUAUUAAGAUUGUGAUGCGACGCUCCACCGAAUUUUCUGAGGCUUCGCCGAAACAAGUCUACGAGACCUCCACCGACGACUGGUAUGCUAGUGCUUCCGAUCAAGAGGAAAUCACAACAACUGCAGUGGUGCCCAAAUCAUAUGCCAAUGGUGCGGUCAACCCGGUGCUCGAAUGCGUUAAUCAAAUAUUAUUGCAACAGUCCAUGGAAGAGCCGGUAGCCGAGCGAAAUAACAAAGCGACAGCUCAAAAUCUUCAGGUUAACUACAGCAAUGCCACCUCCACCGCCAACUUGCCACGUCGCAGCUCGCUGAGUGGACGCCGUAGUUCACGUAGCAAUAGCCGUUCCAGCGAUGGACAGCCGUCUCGUAAUGGCACUCUGACACGGAAGCGUGUACAUUUCUCGACCAAGAAUAGCAUGGUGCAUGUGCCACGCAACGAUGAGCAUGACGAGGAGGACGAAGAUGCCAUUGACGACGACACCACACAGGACACGCAAGAUACAAACGAAGCCAUGAUCUCAAGCCUAGCGCAAUAUCAUCCAAUGAGUUACUACCCACAAGCUGCACAGCAAGCAGCAACCGCUAAAGCAGCCGCCGUCGCAGCCGGCACCAUUGCACGAGGCGGCAUGCUUGCCGAAGUCAGCGAGCAUGAACGGCUCGAAACGCUAAACUACGAGAGUAUUUAUAGCAACGAAUACGAACCGAUUGGAUCGGAGCAUAAUUCCUCAAAUCUUUAUGUGGACAUGGAGUCCGCAACCAAGUCGGCCGCGCUUAAUGCUACCAGCACUACAGCAGUCGUAGAUACAAAAGUACCAAAAACACCGCCAGCCUUGCCACCGAAACCAGCAAAUCUAUUGAAGUUUAAAAAAUCACUACAACAACUAGAUGAGUUGCCUGACGAGCAUCUACACCAGGAAGGCCAUGCCGUAGUUGAGCCGGACUACUGUUCCAUUUCGGAGGUGAAUAUGGGCAUAACGAGUGUGCAAAUAGUUGCCGAUAUACACAAGGCACCUGAAUCGGAAGCUGAUUUAGAGUCGAACUCUGCGCUUGAAGCGCCCAUCUCCGAACUCGACGUCGAAGUAUCGACAGUCGCCUCUGAUGAGACAUUCGCUGUCUCACAAAAGACUGAUGAAAUCGACGAGAUUUUCGCCGACGUACCAAAGCUACCAAAUGUGGCGGCCAUUAUAGCGCCAAAACAGACGAAAAUGACACAACAACAGCCGACACAAAAGCACAACUUGCCCUCCCCAGAUUACCUUGUGAUGUCACCCAAGGUAGAAACGCCUAAUAUGAAGUUGCAAAAUGCGCGUAAUGCCACCAUAUUAAAUACGGUCACAGCCACAAAGCAACAGAUCACCUCUAACAAUUUGGAUGGCACACCUAAGUCCAUUGCCAAAACCGCGGUGAGCACACCCAUAAAGUCUCCCAAUCGUCCGGAUACUAGCGCUCUUAAACUGCACUUACACACGCCCAGUCCGCUGCAAUACAAACGCAAACAUAUGCCGAACAUACUCGCCGAAAUAAAUAAGCGCAUGAGCUUACCCAGUUCACCAACAACACCAACGGCACGACUGAACUUCGCCGCUCCUGCCAAGACGGUGGCGGCAAACAAAUCGCCGCUGCAGCUUGGCGUCAGCACUACGCCGAAUAUGCCCAUUCAAGCAGAGUUCGAUUGGUACAAUUUGGAUGCCGAGUAUGGCAAGACCGCCUCACAACAACCCGAAUUACACAAGGUGAGCGACUCGCUCACCAACGGCACUAUGCUCGCCGGCAUACACGAAGAUGGUGAGAGUUUGGUCACAGCAGCGGACGAAUACAACUUGGAUGAGGAAUUCUCGCUCAUCAGUGAUAAACCGGAGGAACUAAACGCCAACAACAGUGAGCAGGACAAUGAGAGUGUCGAGGAGAAAAGUGAAAUAAGUGUCGUGGAUACGUCGAAACCACUGCCGACAAAUAUAAAACUCUCAACACAACGUGCUGAGCCUAAAAAACUCGACAAUGUCGCCGCUUUAAAUGCUGCCAUUUGUGACGCUGUGAACUUUCCCAUGUUCGGUGAAAGCUCGCCGCUAGUGGCGCUCUCGCCUGGGAUUGCGCAUAACCAUGCCAAGGCAAAGAAAAUUAAGAAGAAUUUAGCCAACUUUGAGAAAUUUAUCGAGGGUUCUGGCUUGAGCACUAAGCCACUGCCGAGCAAGCGAAAAAUCUACUUUGCUGGGCCAUUUGUGUGAAACGUGGGAGAAUGGAGCGAAGUCUGGAACUUCUAAGGAGAGGAAGAGAAUGCAUAGCGUAACCAAUAAACAACGAAGUGCUCGCGGAAUCAUAGGAGAAGCGAGAGCGAGUUGGAACUUGCGUGAAUAUUAAAACCGCGCGCCGAAGUGAUCUACAAACAUCCAUAUAAAAUAGCAUACCGUUAUGCGUUGUGUUAACAUAAGAAAUUAUGUUAAGUUGACAUUUGUUUGUGUUAUUUUUUGUAGCUUAAGUUAACGGUAAAAUUUCUUAGGAUCUGAACUUAAAAGUUUUAUACAAUUUUUGUUAAUUUUCGAGUACAUUUCUCAAUCGUUCAUUUCCAUGUUUUGUGUAAUUUUUAGGUAUUUUUUAUGGUAUUUUCGUUAAGCGUUUACUAUUUUUUUUUUAGUAAAAAUCAUGGAUUUGUUAAGUAUAAGGCAAUUUACUAUGUGUUUCCUGUUCACUAAAUAUAAUUUUAUAAUUACUUACAGUUAAAUUAUUAUUUAAUAUAGUACGCAG